AUGACUCGCAUCAUUGUUAAGCGCAAGUCUCAGCCUUCUUCUCCUAUUCAAUCUUCUGCAUCUUUAUCUGUCUCUGCUCCCUCUUCUCCCGAGAGUGCCAGAAAGUAUUCCCAAAUCAAGUUGCGACUCUACCGUGGUGCUAAAGAAUGUCCUAUCUGCAAAGCAACUAUUGUAGAUCGCAACGGCUCCAUGGAGCGUCAUGUCGAGAGACAUGUUAAACUCGCCGAAAUCGAGGCCUUGAACGAUGCCAUCGAACCCAAACGCAGCGACAUGUCUGAAUCUGACAUUGCUAUCGCCGUCAAGUUGUGGCAAUCCCUUCCCGCCAAUCUCCGUGCUACUGGCGGUGUCUUCCGAGAUGGACCCCUUGCCAACAAGGGUGAAGUUAGUGGAAUGCCCACGGUCUUCAUGACCAACGGACGUCUGAAGAAGAAGUACAUGUGGAUCAGGAAGAACCAGGAGGGUCGGGUUGGGCGAAGGCCUUUGAAGAACUUGAAGAGCGGCAACUCGAAUGCCCGUCCUAAGAAGGAUUGA